AUGACAACGCCGCCAGUCGUCUCCGCGACGGAGUUCAUCGGUAGUUUAUGGCGACCAACGCCCACCGCAACGACACAUCCGACCAUGACGACCACCAUGAUGCCCCAAAGGGAACCGACCACACAAUCACAACCAUCAACUCACCAGCAACCAUCUACCUGGUGCCUGAGCACCAUCACAUCUUCUAUACAACCAAUGUGUGCAGGUCACCCGUCUUCCCCAAUGGCCGCCAUGUCGCGUGUCCCGCUAUUCGCACAACAACCAAGGUUUAAACCAUACUCCUAUUACUACCAAGGCAUGUACCCCCCAACACAGUUGCAAAACAACAAUAGUCAAGGCACACCGGUGCAGGGAACGCACUCACACACAAUGGGACCAAUGGAGUCGAGCUCACAGUCAAAUCAGUUGGUGCAUGCAUACCCCACACAUGCGGUGUACGUGCCACAAACGCCAGGGUGCAACCACGGAUACCAUUGCAAAUAUGGUCAAGGGUACGCCAACCCCUAUCACAUGCAGCACACAAUGGCCAAGGGAGCACCUGCAUAUCCACACAUGUACGACUCGCGGCAAGCUCCACUUGCGAGGUUCAGUACCCUCGCCUCGAGUCGCCUGGCUUCUCAGCCCGACUCCAUUAUAGCGGCAAGCUCCGCAUGCGAGGUCCAGUACCCUCGCCUCGAGUCGCCUGGCUUCUCAGCCCGACUCCAUUAUAGCGACAAGCUCCGCAUGCGAGGUUCAGUACCCUUGCCCCGAGUCGUCUGGCUUCUCAGCCCGACUCCAGUAUAG